ACAGAAAGCCUCAGAAACAGCACAGCUAACAAGAGCUCCAGCUGACAGCCAAUAGGAAGCCAGAGGAAACCAAACCACAAACUAUCUGUGAACAUGACUUCCAAGCUGCUGGGCGCCCUCCUGGCUAUCUUCCUGGUUUCUGUAGCACUGAAUGAAGCUGCUGUAUUGCCUCAGGCCGUGUCAGAACUCCGGUGUCAAUGCAUCAAAACUCAUUCCACACCUUUCCAUCCCAAGCUCAUUAAGGAGCUGAGAAUGAUUGACAGUGGACCACACUGCAAAAACACAGAAAUCAUGGUCACUCUUCAGGACAAUAGAGAGCUCUGCCUGGACCCUCAUGCAAAGUGGGUGCAGAAAGUUCUUCAAAUCUUUUUGAAGAGAGCUGAGAAUAAGCCACAAUAAAAUGGAAGGGCUUCUUCUUUGUCUUGGAUUUAUCGCUCCAUGAAGAUGCCAAUGAAGUUUCAGGAAAACCGUUUCUUUUUAAAAUAUGUAAUACGGACGAGAGAAUCAAGGAAGCCGGGUCUUGACUUAGCCACUGAUUCACUCUGCCUCAAUUUCUUUAUCUCUGUAACUGCUCAAGAAUACCCACCCAUUCCUACCUCACUGGCAUGUUCAUUAUGUGGUUAACAAUGCCAAAGCUGUUUCUGCUUUUUCAUUUUGGGGUCAGACAACAUAAUGUUAUUGUUUUCAACUAUGAUUUAAUUUAGAUAUUUACUAUUUAUGUAUUUAUUAAGAGGAUGUAUAGAGUUGGAGCUGGAUGAUAAAAACUGCCCUGAUAGGAAGUGAGGACAAAACGACAAUGAAGUUGUAUUUUAUUUAAGACCUGAGGAAUACUCGAUAUUCCUCCUAUCUUCACUGUUAGAAACAGGAUUCUGCCUUCCAGAAGUAUCCAUGGAGGGAUGGCCUCAGUGGAAACUUGGAUUAAGGACUUCUGCCCUAAUUCUGGAAUCUAGAAUGGUUUAAGAAAUGAAACAGCAAAGUCUACUGGGCCAAAGUCCCAGAAUUCUUCUUGGUGGGGAAAUUAUUUAUAGUGUCAUAACUUUGUUAUGAGUCUAUUUAAAUGGUUGUACUCUGUCACUACCAUAGUUUAUUUAUUUAACUUAACUUGAGAAAACUUUUUUAUAUUAUGUCUGGGAAAAGUUUUCCUAAUAUUUUUGGGAAUUUGGGAGCAUGAGCAUAUUUAUGAAAAAUGUAACUUAUUGCCAACUUUGUAAACAUUUGCUUUAUUCUAGUUUUUUUGUUUAGAUUUCUUAGAAGUUUUCUUUCAAUAAAAAUGCACAUUUUGAUUUAAAAA